CGCUUCCGGUGUCCCCUAGAGCCAUGGCUGCCGCCUCGCCCGCCGCCUCGGUCCCCGCUUCUGCCGUGUCGCCGUCGGGGUCGGCGGGGUCGGCGGACGAGCUGCUGCAGAAGAGCAACGCCGAGAAGGUCGAGGAGGAGCUGGAGGACGACGACGACGAAGAGCUUGAUGAGACCUUGGCCGAGAGACUGUGGGGCCUGACGGAGAUGUUCCCGGAAAGCGUCCGGUCUGCUGCGGGAGCCACCUUUGACCUCUCCCUCACAGUGGCCCAGAAAAUGUACAGGUUCUCCAGGGCAGCUUUGUGGAUCGGGACCACCUCGUUCAUGAUCCUCGUUCUCCCCGUUGUCUUUGAAACGGAGAAGCUACAGAUGGAGCAGCAGCAGCAGCUACAGCAGCGGCAGAUACUCCUUGGGCCUAAUACGGGGCUGUCUGGAGGGAUGCCAGGGGCCCUCCCUCCACUUCCUGGAAAGAUUUAGAGAAGAUGAGCCGCAUUUGACUGCUUGAAAGGGAAAAGUUUCAAAUUCAACCGUUUGCGAGCUGUUGAUUAUUUGAAAUGUUUUUGUUUUUUCUGGGUUUGGGGGGCAUGUUGAACCAUCUGAACAGUAUGGGCAGAAUCCUCCCCACCCUCUCUCUAGAGGUGUCUGUCUUUCAGCCUUGCCCCCCACACUGGCACGAGUUUUUUCUUCAGUGCUCCUCCUCUGCCACAAGUGAGUACAAGGAUGCAGUGACCCCAGCUCUGGCCUCCCCAUCCCCACUGCUAAGCUGCUGUCAAUCAAAGGAUCCCUUGCCUUUUCCUGGGGGAACUGAAGUCGGCAGGGUUGCGCUCCUGACCAUUGAGAACUCACUCAGACCCAGUGCAUCAAGUGUGGGGUUGACAAGAGUCACUGUGAAUCUGUGUGUUCUGGAGGGGGGGGGGGGGGGGGGCAUGGCUUCCUCCUGGUGUGCUGGCUGUUUUUGUUUGCCCUGUAAAGCAACGUGUGUAUGAGGAAGUCAGCACUAAUGUUUUGUAUUAAAUAUUAAAAAUGAUUCCAACUCCAA